CCUUUGGCCUCCGACGACCACCAUGCAUCUCAUGUACACGCUCGAUGACAAUGGCGGCAGGAUCUACACUUUGAAGAAAAUCACGGACUCUGGCAAGAUCACCAAGUCCGCACAUCCAGCACGAUUCUCGCCCGAUGACAAGUUUUCACGCCAUCGGGUGACUAUCAAAAAGCGCUACGGCAUCCUCCUUACCCAGCUACCCGCGAAGCCUAUGUGAGCGGUCGUAGUCGAGUCUUCUACGCCGUGGGUCGGUGUCCGCGUCCACUUCAGGCCCUGCUGGGCCCAUAUCAUGCAAUCGUCCUAUCGAUACGAACCCGAGUCCUUCACGAGGAACAUGGAGAUGCGGCGUCCGAAAAAUGCACUGAAGCUGUGCAUGUCGCCGGAGAGGUUGCUAGUUGUCCAUGUCACGAAUCACGUACGCUGUCGACAUUGUAUGGUCCUGGCGUGGUUUACGUGGGGUUGUUAACAUGGAAUCAUGCUGUCUGACGAAA